AGCGGAUCGAGAAAUGUUCAUUACAAUUGUAUUAAAUGGAAAGAUGCGCCUAUUUAAAGUGUUGUCCCUGUUUCGAUCCCUCUCUCACCUGCACCAAGCGUUCAUCCAUCCAAGAUGCGUUCAUCGAUUGCACUCGCCCUUUCAACUCUCGCAGCCACUACGCUCAGCACGAGCUGCGAAAAUCGCACCCUUGACGAGAUUUACCAGGCUGCUAUAAAGGAGGGAGGCGUCGUUACCCUCUGGCAUGGAGGUGAUGAGAAGAAUCAGCAAGAUGUUUUGAAGAAGGCUUUCGAAGAGCGCUUCCCCGGAAUUACCCUCAACGUCACCGUCGAUCUCUCCAAAUACCACGAUGGGCGUCUCGAUGACCAAAUCGCCAACAACAACGUCUAUGUUGACAGCAUCAUUCUUCAGACGCUGCAUGAUUACCCUCGUUGGAAGAAGGAGGGUGCUCUUCUGAACUACAAACCGAGCGACUUCGUCAACGUCGCAUCGGAAUUUAAGGAUCCUGAAGGCGCCUACUACGGUUACUCCAUAUUUGGCUGGAGCACUUCCUGGAACACUGCCAAAUACAAUGGCAGCCUCGCCGAUUUUUCCGAUGCGCUCUUGCCGGAGUUGAAGGACAAGCUCAUACUCACUUAUCCUAACGACGACGACGCCGUUCUGUACGCUUUCGAUCUUGUCGUCAAGAAGCUAGGUGUCGAAUGGUUCGAUGCCCUCGUUGCGCAGAACCCAACCUGGGUACGGGGAAGCGCCACACCCGGGGAUCAACUCGCCUUAUCAAACACCUCCUACGUCGCUGCCUUCGCCACCGGCGGUGCCCAUGGUCCCAACACAAACGCCUCACAACCGACUGAUGCGCCAUUUGUCACGUGGCCGCAGACCGCAGCCAUCCUGAAAGACGCUCCUCAUCCCGAGGGAGCAAAGUUGCUUCAUAACUACAUCCUCAGCGACGAAUGGCAAUUUGCUAGGAAAAGGUGGACUGUAAGAACUGAUGCUCCGGCUGAUUUUCCAAACAUAUUCGAGGAGAAGAACACUAACGUGACCAACUUCCUUCCCUGGAUGCUGGACAGGCCCAACGUGGAAAGGCUUCGUUUUUGGUAUGAGGCGAGGCUUGGAACUGCACAGGGCCUAAGCCCUCUUGAAGAUAAUUUGUAGACGCAGGGAAAUUUGUGUGUAAUGCGGUGCGUCGGAAGUUUCGAAUCUGUAAAUAUGUAUUCCUGUGGACAAAUGGCUACCGCUUUGAUUCGUUGUCCUCGUCAAUAUUCUGAUCAAUACAAAACACGACAUUGGCCUGC